UUUGAAUUCUGUGAGUUAUAAUAGCUGCUUUUUAUGGAUUUCUUUUCCUUUGAAUGUUGUUACUGAACUCAUAUGAUAAUUGAGUAAGAACAAUUUAGAGCUCUUACCUCCUCAGCUUUUCUCAGUCUUAACCUUAGCACUGAACAUUCAAGAAUUUUGAAGCUAUAGUCCAAUGCAAGCGUCAUUUACUUUAUGUGAAAGCACACAUGGGCACCUGAUUCUUGUUUGUUUGUGCUUGUUCAGUGACCUUUUCCAGCUGAAAAGUUUCUUGAAGGUGUCGAAGUGAACCAGAACUAUCCUAUUUUACUGCUAAAUUUGGUUCACAAGCCUGAAAUUGAUAUGACCAUCAGAGUGGCAGGAUCAGUUGCUUUCAAGAACUACAUCAAAAGGAACUGGCAAGUUGAAGAAGACCAACAGGACAGAAUCCAUGCACAAGACAGAGCUUCUAUCAAAAAUUUGAUUGUAACAUUAAUGUUAACCUCGCCAGAAACGAUUCAAAAACAGCUUAGUGAUGCUAUAAGUAUCAUUGGGAAAACAGAUUUUCCUCUUAAAUGGCCGGAACUCAUUACGCAGAUGGUUGAAAAAUUCUCUACAGGCGAUUUCAAUGUGAUAAACGGCGUUUUAAGAACGGCACAUUCUCUCUUCAAAAAGUACAGAUACGAAUUCAAGUCCAACGAACUCUGGAUGGAAAUAAAAUAUGUGCUUGAAAAACUGGCUCAGCCGUUGACUGAUCUUCUGGUGGCUACAAUGGGUCUCGCCGAAACGCAUGCGAACAAUGUGGAUGCUUUGAAAGUCAUCUACAGUUCUUUGGCGCUUAUCUGCAAGGUGUUUUACUCCUUGAACUUCCAAGAUCUGCCAGAAUUUUUCGAGGAUAAUAUUCAGACGUGGAUGUCCAAUUUUCAUGCACUGCUGGUUGCUGAUGUCAAGUGUUUGCAGAACACAGAUACAGAUGAAGCGGGCAUUAUGGAGCAGUUAAAAUCUCAGAUUUGUGAUAAUAUUGCCCUGUAUGCUCAGAAAUAUGAUGAGGAAUUCCAACCAUUUUUACCUCAGUUUGUCACCGAUGUGUGGAGUCUUCUAGUUGCCACCGGAUUAGAACCAAAACAUGAUCUGCUUGUAUCGAAUGCUCUCCAAUUUCUGUCAACAGUUGCAGAGAGAAAUCAAUACAGACAUCUGUUUGAGGAUAAUACGGUACUGAGCAGUAUUUGUGAGAAGGUCAUUAUACCGAAUAUGGAGUUUAGAGUGUCAGAUGAAGAGUUGUUUGAAGACAAUCCUGAGGAAUAUACUAGAAGAGACAUAGAAGGAUCCGACGUUGAUACGAGGAGGAGAGCUGCGUGCGAUUUGGUGAAUACGCUCAGUCAAAAUUUUGAACAAAGGAUAAUGGAAAUCUUCGGUCAAUAUCUGCAGGUGAUGCUGUCAAAAUAUUCAGAAAACCCCAAACAAAAUUGGAGGAGCAAAGAUGCGGCACUAUAUCUAGUUACCUCUCUUGUGAGCAGAGGUUCAACUCAAAGGCAUGGCGUUACCCAGACUAGUCAGUUGGUGAAUAUCGCUCAAUUUUGCCAUGAACAAAUUAUACCAGAGCUGGAGAGACCAGAUGUUAACGAGUUACCGGUGCUGAAAGCAGACGCCAUCAAAUACAUAAUGAUAUUCAGAACUGUUCUACCCAGUGAAGUCGUUAUAAGUACUUUACCUCAGUUAAUAAAGCACAUGACCAGUGAAAGUGCAGUUGUUCACACGUAUGGUGCUUGUGCAGUUGAGAAAAUUCUGAUGAUGAAGGAUAGCAAUAAUCAGCCAGUUUUAACAGGAGCUCAACUGGAACCCCUAGCGGCAGAUUUGUUGACAAACCUAUUUGGAGUGUUAGAGAAACCCAUAUCAGAAGAGAAUGAAUAUGUUAUGAAAGCAAUUAUGAGGACGUUUUCCACUUUGCAAGAAAGAGUGAUACCGUUCUUGGGUGCGGCUCUGCCAAAAUUGACGCAAAAGUUGCAACACGUCGCCAAAAAUCCUUCAAAACCUCAUUUCAACCAUUACCUGUUUGAGACGUUUUCGCUGGCUAUUCGAAUUGUAUGUAAAACAAAUCAAGCAGCAGUUACAUCUUUUGAAGACAUACUGUUUCCAAUAUUCCAAGGAAUUUUGCAGCAAGACAUUCAGGAAUUCAUUCCAUACGUUUUCCAAAUCCUGUCUUUGCUGAUGGAGCACACGCCGCCGGGAUCCGUACCUGAACCGUACAUACAGCUCCUGCCGUGUCUAUUGGCUCCUGUCCUGUGGGAAAGGCCUGCCAACAUCAGCCCGCUGGUCAGGCUGCUGAGCGCAUUCGCUAUCCAGGCGGCGCCACAGAUCAUCGCUCAGGAUAAGUUGGGCGGUUUCUUGGGCGUGUUCCAAAAAUUGAUAGCGUCAAAGGCUAACGAUCAUGAAGGAUUUCGUCUAAUACAGACGAUGAUCCAGCAUUUCCCGCCGGAAUCACUCACUGCAUACCACAAACAGAUAUUCUUCCUGCUGUUCAAAAGGUUAUCUUCCAGCAAAACCACUAAAUACGUUAUAAAUCUGAUAGUUUUCUUUUGUAUGUAUGCCGUGAAAUAUUCUGCUAAUCAGCUUGUAUCGACGAUAGAUGGAAUCCAGGCACAAAUGUUCGGCAUGUUAUUAGAAAAGCUGCUUAUAACCGAAUUACAAAAGGUAGCCGGCAACGUAGAUCGUAAAAUUGUCGCCUGCGGGAUUACGAAACUGUUAUGCGACUGUCCUGAAAUGUACACGGGCGCAUACCAAAAAUAUUGGUCGCCAUUAUUGCAGGCUCUUGUCGCUUUCUUUGAAAUGCCCGUUGAUGAAAGUACGUUGCCGGAUGAUCACUUCAUUGAAGUCGACGAUACGCCUACCUUUCAGACUGCCAGCGCGAAGCUGAACUUUGCUAACAGUACCAAGAACGAUCCAUUGGAAGCUGUAUCUGAACCAAGGCAAUUUUUGGUGCAAAACCUUUCUACACUUGGUAGGUCUCAACCGGGUCGUCUCCCGACUUUGAUCAGCAAUACUAGCGCAGACUGUCAAAGAAUACUUCAGCAGUACUGUGCAAAGUUUAGCGUACAACUUGUAUAAAAUUGUAGAGUCAACAUAUUUGUUCAUAGGUACCGACAUUUUCUCGUUAGUUCGUAUUCCACUGUUACAAAAAGUCGAUUUCUAUACUCUCAGUUCUUGUUUUAAAGUAAUUUUUGUUUCAUUUGUUAAGUCUAUCUCAGGUUGAUAAUAUCCACCUAUCUACAAUAAUUUUGAUCGAGGUUAUUGAACCCGUAAGUCACUAUUGUUUUGUUUGUGGUCUAGUUUUUAUAACACUCAAUUUAUGCCAUCAUGAAAAUUCAUAAUGGGUUACCUGACCGUUCUAUUUUAAACUUGACCUUACACGUACCGAGAUCCUCUUGUGUUUUACCCUACUGUACUUUUGAUAUAAAAUAAAUUAUUUUUAUUAU